AAAUCUUGCAAAUGGCAGACAAAAUAGGAAAGAUAAUCUAACAUCGCCGCAAGCCGGAUUCCUGACUGCACACGCAAGAGCACAUAUGCUUUUCUUCUUCGAAACCACGCAUCACCUACUCCACCGGUCGAAUCCAUAUUCACAUUUAUCGAUAUUUAAAGAACAUAACGAUGUCGUUCGACUUGGAGGAAGAAGAGUCCUUCGAGCACACUCGGACAAGAUCUGGUCCGGUAGGCUCCGUGUGGUUUCAUGUAAGGAUCGGUGUGAGAUCCGGUUGGAAGAUCCAAAUUCCGGCGAUUUAUUUGCAGCUUGUUUUGUUUACCCUGGGCAGAGGGAAAAUGCGGUUGAGUCCGUUCUCGAUUCGUCGAGGUAUUUUGUGUUGAAGAUCGAGGAUGGAACGGGGAAGCACGCGUUUAUAGGGCUAGGGUUUACGGAGAGAAAUGAGGCGUUUGAUUUCAAUGUGGCGUUGUCCGAUCAUGAUAAGUAUGUCAAGAGGGAGAACGAAAAGGAGGAUGGUGAAGCUAGCGAUGCCAAUCAUAUUGAUAUUCAUCCUGCUGUGAACCAUAGAUUAAAGGAAGGUGAAACCAUUCGGAUAAGUGUAAAAAACAAGCCUGCUAGUGGAUCUGGGAUGCUUUCUUCUGCUGGUUUGUCAGGAGGUCCUGCUGGAACUGGAAAUAGUAAGCCUCUAAGCCUUGCUCCUCCACCAAGUUCCACUUCAAGAAUCAGAUCUCCUCUCCCACCUCCACCCAAUGAUCCUGCUGUUGUUCGGAUGACUUCUACAAAAGUUAGUAUUGCUGUUGAAGGAACCAAGGAAACAAGGCAUUCUACAAAUGCUUUCACUGAUUUGUCUCAACUUGAGAAGAAUCUUCCUGGAUCAACUAAAAGUAAAACAGGUGCAGCUGGAUGGGCAGCAUUUUGAUUCUUUCAACUGUAUACUUGUGGAGUGUUUGAAGAAAGCAACCGGAUGAAUAGGAGGGAGAAAACAGUCAACAGUACACUUCAUUUUUGCUACCAAUAUAUGUUGGUAUGUUUCUUUCAAAUUGCUUCGCCUUUUGAAUGUAUAAUGGAGAAACAAACUAGUUUCAUAUUGUUAUUAUUCAAUCACACCCUUGGGGUUUUUUGUUGGGUUAAAGUAACUGAAUAGCAACUUACUUUUUACUUGUUCCAUUCAGAUCACCAAACUUUUUUCCUAAAGUCAC